AGAUAAAACUAGACGUAACAUGGUUUUAUUUUGUUGCUCGUAGCGGGGCUUCUGUGCGCCAUGCGCUUUGGAUUGGAGCAUCUACUGCCACUGCUGCUGCCGCUGCCUCUCCUCUGGAUCCACCAAGCUCUGGCCUCCAAUGCCGAAGGAAAUGCGCUCGCGGAGCUCAAGAGCAAGCUGUGGGAUCCCAAGAAUGCGUUGAGAUCUUGGGAUGCAAACCUCGUCAAUCCUUGCAGCUGGCUCUAUGUCGACUGCGAUAGCCAGCAGCGUGUCAUCACAGUAAUGUUGGAGAAGCAAGGCCUCUCGGGGACUCUCUCGCCAGCACUUGCGGAUUUGCCCAAUCUGCAAAACCUGUACUUGGCUUUUGGAUCACAUGGUUUUGUUUUUAAUGGCUCUCUUUUCCUCAGAAGGAUGAAAGGGAAUUUGAUCUCGGGUUCUCUUCCGCCACAACUGGGAACACUGCAAGGUUUACUGAAUCUUGACUUGUCUGCGAACAACUUCACUGGAAGCAUUCCGUCAACGCUCACCAAUCUUACGAGCUUAAGAACCUUGCUUCUGAACAACAACAGCCUGACCGGAAGCAUCCCUUCUACGCUCACUCUCAUAUCCAGCUUGCAGUUUCUAGACGUCUCGUAUAACAACUUGAGUGGACCACUCCCACCCAAAGGGACGAUCAGUGAGUUCAACUUGCUAGGGAAUCCAGAUCUCUGUGGUGCUAAGGUAGGAACGCCUUGCCCGGAGUCGAUUCUUCCGAGCUCUAGAAGACGUGGGCUUAACAUUGGAGCUGUCAUUGGUGGCAUUGCUGCGGGGGCUCUGUUUUUACUGCUCUGUCCCUUGCUGGCUGUCAUUGUGUGGAGAAAGCACCGUGGGCCAAAAGAGGUGUUUUUUGACGUUGCUGCGGAAAAUGAUCCUCAUGCCACCUUUGGACAACUUAGGAAGUUUACUCUCAGGGAACUCCAAAUUGCAACAGACAAUUUCAGCGACAAGAACGUCCUGGGACAGGGAGGAUUUGGGAAAGUGUACAAAGGCAGCUUGGAAAACGGCAAACUCGUUGCCGUUAAGCGCCUAAGAACAGACCAGAAUAUUUCAGCUGGAGGAGAACACGCAUUUCAGACUGAAGUUGAGAUCAUUGGCUUGGCAGUCCACCGCAACCUACUUCGCCUUGACGGAUUUUGCAUCACUCCUUCGGAGCGGAUCUUAGUCUACCCGUUUAUGCCCAACGGGAGCGUUGCUUCCCGCUUGCAUGACACCACGGGGAGCAAAACGUUGGACUGGGAAACGAGGAAGCAAAUCGCUCUGGGUGCUGCUCACGGUCUCCGUUACCUUCACGUACACUGCAGCCCCCGGAUCAUUCACCGUGACGUGAAAGCUGCGAACGUUCUACUGGACAAAGAUUUCCUGGCGGUGGUGGGCGAUUUCGGUCUUGCAAAGCUCAUUGACACCAAGAACACACACAUCACCACCAACGUCCGAGGGACUCCCGGCCACAUUGCUCCGGAGUAUCUGUCCACAGGCAAGUCGUCGGAGAAGACGGACGUGUUUGGAUAUGGAGUUUUGAUGCUGGAGCUUAUAACGGGGAAGCGGGCUUUCGAUCUAGCCAGGCUGUUUGACGAUGACGACGUGAUGCUUCUCGACUGGGUGAAGAGAUUCCAGCAGGAAGGUAGACUGAGUGAGCUCGUGGAUCCCAAGCUGAGGCACUCGUACCAGCCAAACGAAGUUGAGAAACUCACCCAGAUUGCUCUGCUCUGCACCCAAGCGUCUCCCAGCGACCGUCCAAAGAUGGUGGAGGUCGUGUCGAUGCUGGAAGGGGACGGCCUCGCCGAGAGGUGGGAAGAGUGGCAAAAGGUUCAGGUGCUGAGAAGAGAAGAGGUGGAUGUUGGCCACAAGCAGCUGGACGAGUGGAUGAUGAUUCAGGGAGAUUCCUCCAACUUGGAAGCGAUUGAGCUCUCGGGUGCGAGAUAGAAUCCAGUUACGUUCUCCCAAGUUGAUCUCCUCAUCAUGUAAAAAGGACGACAUCGAGGUACAGAUUGCAGGAAUCAUAUAAUAGGUGAUUUUAUGCUUGUCAAACAAAAUCCAACCCUGCUUGGAUUUUAAAAACUUUGUACACUUGGAAAUACUAAAUAUUUACCAGUC